GCAGCCCAACCCACCCGGCCGUCCCACAAGGCGUCCAGAUCCAGGGCCGAACCACAUAAUUCACAGCAACAACAGAAAAUCCACGAACUGACGAACCGAGCCGUGACCAAGAAGAAAAACCCUCCGUACGACAAACGCCGCGCCGCCGCCCACCGAGACACGGCCGAUGGUCACCCCGCCGUCGCCCCGGCGGUCUGCCGCAGGCGCUGGCGCCGCUGCGGGGGCCCCGCGCGUGCUGCUUGCCCUGGUUGUGCUCUACGGCUUCAUGUCCUUCCUAGUCUACCGCGUCAUCCACAUGCGCCACGUCGCCCCGCUGGACAGCGACGCGUCGCCAGACGAAUUCUCCGAGGGACGCGUGCUGCAGCACCUCCGCCGCCUCGUCGUUGAUAUCCCUGGCCGCCAGGAGGGGAGACCGGGGUUGGAGACCGCCGCGCAGUACAUCAAGGGGCAGCUCGAGGGGCUUGCUGCGCAUGCUGGGCCGGAGUACAGGAUAGAUGUUGAAGAAACAAUUGUCAGUGGCUCUUUCAGCAUGAUGUUUUUGCGCCACAGAGUAACUCUAGGCUACAGAAAUCAUAAAAAUAUUGUUAUGAGGAUUUCAUCAAAUGUUUCAGAAGAGGAUGAACCAUCCCUUUUGGUGAAUGGACAUUUCGACAGUCCACUUGGAUCACCUGGUGCAGCAGACUGUGGUUCCUGUGUUGCAUCUAUGCUUGAACUAUCACGACUUAUGCUUGAGUCUGGGUGGGUCCCUCCUCGGCCAGUCAUUUUCCUUUUCAAUGGUGCUGAGGAACUUUUUCUUCUGGGUUCGCAUGGUUUUAUGAAGACACAUAAAUGGAGCAGCACAAUUGGUGCUUUCAUUAAUAUCGAAGCUUCUGGAAGUGGUGGUGCUGGUAUUAUUCUGUACUUUAUCUCUUGUUUAGUUGUUUGAAAUUUUGUAUUUUAAAACUCAAGUCAAUUCAA